AAUGCAGCCUCCAGUGUCCUCCGAGGUACAAUGCUCCCACCUGGAGGUCCCCGAUGCCAAGUUGUACUAUGAAGUACGUGGCCAAGGCCCCCUUCUCCUGCUCAUGGCCGGGGGCAACGGCACCGCAGCCUUCUUCGCAUCUUUCGCAUCCCUCCUGUCGUCCCACUUUCGAGUAGUGACGUACGAGCGACGAGGAUUUUGGCGGAGUCCUAUCAAAGAUGCGACCAGCUUCGACGCAUCCAGACUGUUAAAGGCGAACGUCGAGGAUGCUGCUGCCCUGAUCCAACAUCUCUCACCCAGCGCAUCGGCUAUUGUUUUCGGAUCCUCCUGGGCAGCCAACAUUGCUAUGAAUCUGCUCAAUGCCCAUCCUCAGCUGGUUCGCAAGGUCGUUAUUCACGAGCCUGUCCUGGGGAACCUGUUCACCCCGACGAUCCUACAAGGAUUCACUGAGGAUGUCGAUCGAAUCAUUGCUGCGUUCCGCCAGCGGGGAGUGCCGGCGGCCAAUGCGAUCUUGACUGCCAUCACGAGUAGUCAACGCGAUCGAGAGCUGUUCGUUGCCUCGCCAGUGUUCAAACAGCUGAUGUCCAUCCCCCCGAGCAACCAAGACUGGUACUUUGGAGUUGAAAUGGCUGAGUGGCGGCAGUUCACCACCUUCGAGCCGGAGGUUCUCCUGGACCAUCGGGGGAAGCUGGUGCUCAUGCGCGGGGCAGAAGAAUCCCCCGAUUUGACCGCGCAACCGAUCUGCGUCUUGUCCGACCGACUGGAUCUGCCCGUCGUUGACAUGCCUGGAGGUCAUUUAGGCUAUAUCACCCACCAGCAGGAGUUCAUUGACAGCUUGAGGCAAUUGUUAUCGCAUCACGAGCGGGCUCGGUUGUGAUCCAUGGUUCUGCGAGAGUCUUCCCAGUUUCUCCGCGUCAUUGUCGCCACUGCCCUGCCCCCAGAUAAAUCGACCCUCUCCACCUUCUUUCAAUCUCGCUGAUGUUAGACGUCCCAAGGCCACUUUCACCACACCUCAAAACACACCUCAAGACCAAACUCAACCAUGUACCAAGCGUUUAUCAGUCGCUCAAGGCCGGCUGUGUCCAACCUCGGCCAACGCAUCCAGUCAGCGGAUCCCUCCCAGCGUCGAAGACACAUCGUACGCUCGGAUACCUAUCGCCGGGACAGCUUCGAACCCGGUCACAUCCCGCUCAGUUCGCUGCG